AACCCACAUCACAAAAAAUUGAACUUUCUGGGAUUAGUAUCCUGUGCUUUGGAGUGGUACUUCCACUUUUCAGGACAUAUUUCCUAUAUCCACCUGCUCAAGGGUAGUGCAUUUGAUGUUUCAUCGUGAUAGAUAUAGUGGUGGUCCUAUUUGAGUUACUAGGCUUGGUUUGUGUUCGUGCAUGGGUGGAUUUGCUUGUUUCCUAUGGUGAUGAAUUCCUGCAUGAGAAAGAACUUAGGUGAUUUUUGGUUCUAAUCACUCAUUGGGUUGCAACAAAGAGGAUGCAAUCAACGCAAUGCAACUUGCCGAAAGAAUGAUGCAGGGUAAUGCUUUUACAGGCGCAAGGAAGAUGGCACAUAAGGCUCAACAACUCUUCCCGGGGCUUGAGAAUAUUUCUCAAUUACUUGCAGUAUGUGAUGUUCUCUGCUCAGCGGAAAAUAAGCUAGGUGGCUGUGAAAUGGACUGGUAUAGGAUUCUGCAGGUUCAAAGAUUUUCUCAUGAGGCAAUCAUCAAGAAACAAGUCAGAAAACUCGGGCUGUUACUUCAUUCUGAUAAGAACAAGUUUGCUGGUGCGGAGGCUGCUUUGAAGUUAAUUGGAGAAGCAAAUGCGGUGCUGGAAGACCGAGGAAGACAUUUUAGAUAUGAUAUGAAGUGUAGAGCUCUACUGAGAACUGGUGAAAUACCAUCUGCUCAUCAGUUUGAUGAAAACUUAUCUCUCAGGAAACACUGUGAUGCUGCAAGAAAUGCUCAGAAUAUCCCUCGGUCACAGUAUGCUAUCAUGAAUGAGCAUCAAAAGGGGCAAGCAGACACAUUCAGCACCAAUUGCCCCUUCUGCAAAACAGUUAUACAAGGUAUUCAUCCAGAAUCUCUCUAUAACCAGUUUGCAGAUCAUUCAAAGUUUCCUAAUCAAAUUCCUAUAAAAGUAACAUCUAAUCAUGAUGGAGCUGGAAACUCACCUGUAAAAAGAAUUCAAGCUGAAAAUGCAGCCUCAAAUUCAGUGUCAAAGGUGGAAGUUGCUGCUGAUGUCGAUGGAGCUUCUAACACUGGAAAGAAAUAUAGUGAGCAUGGGGUUGCAGUAAGGAUGGAAGGUGUUGAAAUAUCCAAGUCUGAUUCAGUGAAGUCCAAGUAUUCAGGAACUUCGGGAAAUCUGAACCAAAAAGAAGGGAAUUCAAUUGGAUCUGUUGGAAGUUUCGAGAAUGGAAAUAGAGCUAGACCUGAUUCUGAGCAUGUUAUUCAAGAAAAAGUCAGUAUUCCUUCUGAACUCAAUGGUGGCUCUCCCAUUUGCAUAUCUUUAAUGAAAAACAAGAACCUUUCUUACCUUGGUAAUGAUGAUGAUGAUUUUGUGAACCCUCCAAAAUGGUCAGGGAACCGCCCACUGUCCAGUGCUACUGAAAAGAAAAGAAAUUAUGUAGCUGUGUGGCUCAUUCGAAAAUGA